AAAAAAAAAAGAACGCCGCGACCAAUAGGUGAGCUAGUGAACGUCACGUGACGGAGCAGGCGGGGAUUGCGAACCGGGUGCUGCGUGAGGUGCUGAAAUCCUGGCAUGUUCGAUGAAAUAUGCCCCAAAUAAAAAUAAAUGGCAUUACUGUGGAUUUUCCGUUUCAACCCUACCUAUGUCAGGAGGCAUACAUGUCCAAAGUGCUGGAAUGUCUACAAAAGCAAGUGAACGGGAUUUUGGAGAGUCCUACUGGCACAGGGAAGACACUGUGUCUCCUAUGUGCAACUCUGGCUUGGCGGGAGCACUUAAAAGAUGCUAUCUCUGCGAAGAAGAUCAGUCAGCGACUUAACGGAGUGGAGCUCUUCACUGACCAACCACUGUCAUCUUGGGGCAAUGUUGCCACAAAUGGUGAUGUCUCAGCGUAUUACAGUGACAUACCGAAAAUAAUUUAUGCCUCAAGAACGCAUUCUCAGCUUACUCAGGUCAUCAAUGAAUUAAAAAACACAGUUUACAGGCCAAAAGUAUGUGUAUUGGGUUCUAGAGAGCAGCUGUGCAUCCACCCCGAAGUUAAAAGACAAGAAAGUAACUAUUCACAGAUCCACUUGUGCCGAAUGAAAGUAACGACUCGCUCAUGUUAUUUCUACAACAAUGUGGAAGAGAAGAGCACUGACAAGGACCUGCUCGGCUCUAUCUUGGAUAUUGAAGACCUUGUUAAAAAUGGAAAUAAGCACAGGGUUUGCCCUUAUUAUCUCUCUCGAAAUCUGAAGCAGCAAGCAGACAUCAUUUUUAUGCCUUAUAAUUAUUUGCUGGAUUCAAAGAGCCGAAGAGCUCACAAUUUAGACUUAAAGGGCACUGUAGUCAUACUUGAUGAAGCUCACAAUGUGGAGAAGCUGUGUGAAGAGCUGGCCUCAUUUGACCUGACCCCCUACGAUUUAGCUUCAGCUGUGGAUGCCAUCAGUGUCGUAUUGGAAAAACAAGCCAAAGAAGUCCAGGAGAAUGAAAUCAACUCUGAAUUCAAUGCGGAGUAUGCCAGUGCAGGGCUGAACAUGACGCUUGAAGACAUAGCAAAGAUAAAGAGGAUUCUUCUUCAGCUGGAAAAUGCUAUUGAUGCUGUGGAACUACCACCAAGUGGAAAAGGGGUUACUAAGGAUGGAGGGUACAUAUUUGACUUGUUUGCAGAGGCUCAGAUCACAUUUCAGACCCAGAAUUCUCUCCAUGAUUCACUAGAACAACUUCUGCAGUAUUUAGCAGGCUGUCCUGGGAUAUUUACCAACACUGUUGGGUUACAUAAAUUUGCAGACAUAAUCCAGAUGGUCUUUAACUUCUCUUCAGAAGGAACUUCUGGCUGGUCACCGGGCAGUUCAAUAUCCAAGUAUUAUAAGGUGCACAUUCAUCCAGACACAAGUAAUCAGAAAAAGAAGCAGAGGACAGACCUGUGGAAUUCAUCUGUAACUAAAAAACAAGGGAAAGUCCUGAGCUUCUGGUGUUUCAGCCCUGGAUUCAGCAUGCACGAGUUGGUUCGCCAGGGAGUCCGGACCAUCAUUCUCACGAGUGGGACGCUUUCCCCCAUUUCUUCUUUUUCCCUGGAAAUGCAGAUACCUUUCCCAGUUUGCUUAGAAAACCCACAUGUUAUUGACAAACACCAGAUCUGGGUCGGGAUAAUCCCUAGAGGACCUGAUGGAGGUCUGCUAAGCUCCACUUACGAAAAGAGGUUUUCAGAAGAAUGUCUGUCUUCUCUUGGGAGAACAAUAGGUAACCUUGUGCGAAUCAUACCAAAUGGACUGCUUGUAUUCUUUCCUUCAUAUCCUGUCCUGGAUAAAAGCCUGGAAUACUGGAGAGAACAUGAUUUUGCUGGGAAAAUAGAAGCAGUGAAGCCAAUGUUUGUGGAACCAAGAAACAAAGGAACGUUCACAGAGGUCAUGGAUGCGUAUUACGAGAAGGCCGUCUGUCCAAAGUCCAGCGGUGCUGUUUUCCUGGCCGUGUGCCGUGGGAAGGCCAGUGAAGGUUUGGACUUUGCAGAUAAGAAUGGACGAGGUGUCAUUAUCACUGGACUUCCUCUUCCUCCUCGCAUGGACCCUAGGGUCAUGUUAAAAAUGCAGUUCUUGGAUGAAAUGAAGAGUAAAAAGGCUGCUUGUCAGAGCCUAUCUGGAAAUACUUGGUACAAGCAGCAGGCUUCCCGUGCGGUGAACCAAGCUAUUGGUAGAGUCAUCCGGCACAGGCAGGACUAUGGUGCUAUCUUUCUCUGUGAUCACAGGUUCGCAAAUAUAGAUGCAAGAGCCCAUUUGCCUUCCUGGGUCCGUCCUUAUGUCAAGAGUUAUGAUAAUUUUGGGCAUGUGGUCAGAGACGUGUCUCAGUUCUUCCGUGUCGCACAGAAAAUUAUGCCCCCUCCGCCAUCCCGCAUUACCUCUUGCACUGUCACGGGAGAUGAUGAGGACUCUACAUCAUCCGCGACAUCUGAACAGUUCCUUUCUGUGACAAAAGCCAGCAAUUUGGAUGACCAUGUUCCGAGCUUGAAAAGAAAGAGGAUAGAUAAUGGAACGGCCCAUCUGUGUAUCGAGUAUGAUCAGGGUCCAACUUCCUCCAGAAAGCAGCCUGGUAGCCUCUUGGAUGCAUUGGAGCACAGUGAACAGAGCUGCAGAGAGGCAGCGGAGGAAGAUGACUGGCCAGGAGAAGAAAAGGCAAAACGCAUAUCUACUCUCUCCCUUCAGUAUGAGAAGAAACUCAUAGAUGGACAGAAGGGAAGCAAGAAGAAAAUCAAGAUAGUCAGUAAUCUGGCCAGUAACGUGGCAGAGCCCCUAGAGCCCAAGAAAUCCAGGUCCGCAGCCUUCAUCACGGCCGUGAAGCGGUCCCUCAGCCAGCUGAAUUUCGACAGGUUUUCACAGACUCUCCAGCACUACACGAAAACGGAUGACUUCGAUGCCACGUUAUCCCAGAUGAGUGCCCUUUUUGCCGAAGACCCAGAAAAGCACGUCCUGUUGCGAGGGUUUUACCAGUUUGUCCGACCGCAUCACAAAAAGCAGUUUGAUGAAGCUUGCCGUAAGCAGACCGGAGUGGGCUGUGGCUACAAACCUGAGCACAGCCUCCGACGAGAGGAGAGGUUGCUUCUAGCCAAGAACGCGGUAGGGAAGGAAUGUGAGAAGAAAACCACUUUCUCAGAGGGUUCAUCAAGGCAGCUCAACUCAGAGCAGCAUUUGAACAAAGGAGGUACCCAUCUAACUUCUGAGUCAGAUACCACAGGGGCGAAGAGGGAUGCUGUGCCCAGUGACCCUUCCAGAAACGCACCCAGUUCUCUGAAGGAGAGCCACAGCGAGAUGAUCCGCUCGGCAUACCUCAGCGAGCUCAGAACGGCUCUGGACAAAAGCAGCUUCAACAGCUUUUUAUCGGCAGUGUCGGCGUACAAGAAGACAGACGACUACGAUGCCAUGGUGCCUGUGGUAGUGGCCCUCACCACAGAAAAGCCAGAAAACUUUCCCCUGCUGCAAAGGUUCUCUAUGUUUGUGCGUCCUCAUCACAAGAAGCAAUUCAGGCAGGUGUGCCAAGACCUGACUGGAGUGAGUUUCCCUGAAGACAGCAAGGAGCGUCUGUUGCCAGCCCUGGAGCAUCACUUCUCUGGUUCUGGGGGUUCAUGUUCCACUGCAGAAGAGAGUGGCAGUCUGGGUGUAGCUUCCGCCCCAACCCCAGGGACUUCCAAGGAUGGGAAACCAGGAAGAAUACAGAGUACGAUUCUGUCCUUCUGCCACAGCCAAGCAAGCCAUCUUAAACCUCAAAAAAGAGAGGCAGAGCACUCCCAAAGCACAAGUGAUCUUCCAGCGCUCUCUACAGAUCCUCUGUUGGGCUCCUCCAAGUGUGAGACACUAAAGAAGACACCGAGCACAGUCUCUCCUCCAGUCCACUCCAAAACAUCACGGAACAAAACAGAUGGAGGUUCCGGCAGGGUACGAGUGCCAACGAACUCAGACAUUCCAGUCGUCUCACCAAUAAGUAGAGGAUUCCAGUGUGUUAGAUGCAAAUCAGAGUGUGAUGUAUCUUUUCGGUGUCAACUAUGUGGCUUCUUUUGUUGCCAAACAUGCUGGAAGAAAGUCCUCAAGGUGGCCAAGAAGUGUCCAGAAUGCCAAGCUAAUACCAAGAGAAGACAUUUAACCUUGUCUUACUGGUCAGACCUCCAGUGAGAGAGACGGACAGUGAAAAGGGUUGCCUGCUUAACAAGGCAAAAACUUGCCCACGAAAAAGAACCAAACAAGCUUCCUUUUGCUUUCCUGACAACUCCACCUCUUCAUGCCAUCCUUCUGUUUGCUGAAGUUCAUUGAUCAAAGGAGAUUUUCCUGUUGCACAGAACAAUCUGGAAGAGAAGCGCCUCUGGUCUGAGGAUAUAAUUAUGCCAAUCUUUUUAAAAAUCCAAGCCGUUUUGUAGCUUUCAGUUGUUUACGCCAGCUGUAGACAACGGGCUGCUUUUGUGUUCUCAUUCUCCGCAAGUGAUUUUUUUUUUUACUCUAUUAAGAAAAUGAAGACGUAUAAUGUGCAGUGUAAUAUUGAAAUAUAUGAAUAAAUAGAUUUAUUUUGUA